CGCACCGUGAUAUCGGCCUGUGCUCUCCGCAUUCCUCCCUCCCUCCAAAAGUGUUUCCAAUUUAGAUUGACAAACGGUUCCACAACGGCGUCAGCAAUGUCGCGAUUAAUGCUGUGUAACCUUGGCAAUACAGCCUCGACGACGGGAAAUGAUACAAACAACAACGCAAACACGAACAGCAGUAUGGAGGACGACGAUUCUUAUCCACUGCCUACAAUUUAUCGCUGCCGUGCACCCAUAGCAAGUUUGGAUUGCAUGGAAGAGUUCAACGGCGGUGGCGGCGGCGGCGGCGGCGGCGGGGGCGGCGUAGACUCGGGCGUGCACUGCAGCAACGCGACCGGAACGAAGGAGCAGCUACUAACCAGCUGCAUUGCCGCACAAGCGCAGCGUUUGCAGCAUCCCUCGCCAGGUAUACGCUACCGCAACUUGGGCAAAAGCGGUCUACGUGUUUCCAAUGUUGGAUUAGGAACAUGGACCACCUUCGGCGUGGGCGGCUGCGGUAGCGAGGAGACCGCGGAGGCUGUCGUGGCCCUCGCCUACGACAGCGGGAUUAAUGUAUUCGACCUGAGCGAGGCGCACAGCGGUCACCGCGCCGAGAUCCAGUUCGGCCGUAUCCUGCUGAGGCGCGCCUGGAACCGUUCGAGUUACGUCGUCACGACGAAAAUUUAUUGGAACACCAAGACCGAGGGUCGCGGGCUAUCGCGGAAACACAUUAUCGAGUCCGUGCAAGCUUCGCUCGUCAGGCUGCAACUGUCGUACAUCGACAUUGUCAUGAUCCACAAAGUCGAUCCAAUGUGUCCGAUGGAAGAAAUCGUUCGCGCGAUGAAUUAUGUUAUAAGCAAAGGUUGGGUGAUGUAUUGGGGUACGUCGCGAUGGUCACCCGUGGAGAUUAUGGAAGCCUACACGAAUUGUCGGCAAUUUAAUUGCGUGACGCCGAUCGUCGAGCAGGCGGAGUAUCAUCUGUUUUAUAGAGAGAAAUCUGAGCUCUAUAUGCCAGAAUUGUAUAACAAAAUUGGUGUUGGUUUAAUGGCAUGGUCUACUGUCACCAUAGGGAUGGUUUCUUCGAAGACGGAUGAUUGCGGAGUAUCAUUCCUCUCGAGAUCUUCUUACAAAAACAAAUACUCCUCAUUUAGUUGGACGGAGGAUGAAACUCAAUCUUUGUACAAAGAGGAGUACGCGUGGAAAGACAAAUCAUCUGCGGAUGAGGAGACUCGGAAGUAUUCGGACAAAUUGCGGGACGUAUAUGCCCUUGCCGAAAGACUGGGGUGCUCUUUCGGGCAACUGGCCAUCGCGUGGUCUUUAAAGAAUGAAAGUGUUCAGUGCCUUCUGCUUGGUGCAUCCAAUAUAGAUCAACUGUACGAGAGUCUCCAAAGCUUACAGCUUAUCCCGAAGUUGAACGCGAGCAUAAUGAGCGAGAUCGAGAGGAUUCUUGACAACAAACCGUCCCGACCGCCGAUGAUAUCCACUCUGGCGCUGAGAUGACAAUCGAUGUGCCCCCACGGUAGCGGCGGGGGUUCUAUCGAAGAGGCGGGCAGUCCGAAGAGCGAGGGCGGCAACAGUCAGGAUCAGGAGCAGACCAAGGAAGUGAACAAUAAAAUGCCGUUCUGCGAGAUACAGUGAAGUCCGCAUGCGGACGGCGGACCGUCCCGUUGCUCCGCUUAAUAUUGAUGCCCGACCAUCGAUCACAACGUUGGUGGCCAAGGACCGACGCGACUAUCUCGCGUUUUCGCGUCCCGACGCUUUUUCAUUUUGGUCGCGAACCCGGUUGCGGGUCGAAGUGCACACACGACCAGCGAGUCGACACGACAAUAUAUUUACCAAUUACGAAUGGAACAUCCAUCUCCGGAGGCUCGCCGCCUCUCGGCGACGCGGCGAGAGCGUCCAACAUCUCUCUCGUGGGGUGGUCACCACACCCCGAAAUUUCACGCACGAUUUGUAUCUCUCGUACGUAUCACACUCGUGGACACUCGUAGAUAUGUAGGUGAUAAAACGCGACGCAUUUCAUCCGCGAGGUCCACCUGUCCCCCAUCUGUCUCUCCGUUUGACAGAACCGCCGCGUCGCACACGCUUUCGAAAAGCAUCACCGGGAACGGGUUACACUUGUUCCCGUGAAGAAAAACCGCGCGCCGCAAUAAAUUUCUCUUUAAUCUCCCUCAGAUUCAAGAGACUCUGUCCCGCCGGGAAGACUUCUUAUUCGCGAUUCCAAGUGUUCAUUACUCUUAGCGUUAAAUAAUCCCAUUUGCUACACUACGUAGUGAUGUAAUCAGGAAUUCGGGCAGAGUGUCACGAGUCACGAGUGUCCACCAAAACUGUAUACAUUCGUUCUGCCAUUCAUUGAUCGAGUAAAAGCGAUUUACGGACAAUUGAAUUCGGACGAUGCAGCACACACACGUCGAUCAUCUAAAAAAAAAUAAAAAAAAAAUUACGUCGUAGAUUAUAAGGAUUUUAUCGAGGAUGAUAAUUCUAUCAGAGCAGCGCUGCGUUUUAAGUGCUCUAUCAAGCACUCUUCAUCUCUAACGUGAAUGCACCUCACUCCAUCGACUUUGACGUCCAAUACGUAUUUCUUUCAACAGCCGUUGCGCUUGAUUCUUCGCAAUUUAUCCGACUUACCUUCGCUUUCUUCGUUUCUCCGUCUCCAUCCUCUCCCGCUUUCUAGUUUGUUUGAGGAUCGGGAAACGAUUACUUUAAGAGAGACGCGCGAUACACAGUACAAUACAAGUGAAAUACAUACGUCGUCGCCACGGAUUUUUCGCUUUUGCAAAGGAAUAAGUACUUCGCGCCUGUUUUCAAAAUAUAUUAGGCAUUGUACUAAAGGAUGAGUGCGGUUGUGGGGAAUAAAUUACGCGAGGAGUAAUUGCGGAAUAAUUGAGCCGACGAGUCCAAUAAUCGCGUCCAGUUAGUGGAACAAAUUGGUACGAGCGAUUUUCGCGAGAAGUGGGCUGGAGCGACACUUUAAUUCAAAGUCUGAUUCAGUCUCAUUAACCCGCCGGACUGAUUUGUUAGAACGUAAUCAAUUUCUUAGUGGCUAACGUUCGAAAUACUUUUCGCUGAAUAAACGCGAAAUCCGGUCAAACCGGAUGUAAAUUCUACUACAAUACGGAUACACGAAGGAUAACAAUAGAUUUACCGACGAAUUUUCGAAGAACCGGACACUAUAUAUAUAUAAAAGAUCUCUUUACGAUCUCGGAUAGAUGACCGUUUCUAUCGAGAGACACGUCCGUUUGUUUACCGCACACGAUAGCUUUUCGCUUCGCUUCGCCGUAAAAUGAGAGACGCAGGAUAUUUCUGAAGAAUGAUUCGAUGAAUCGUUUAUUUUAAUGAGACACACACACACACACACACACACACACACACACAAGGUUGGUAAUAAUUUACAAUUAUAUCUUUAUGCGAAGUAUCAUCGAGCAAUAUUCUCUUUCGGUAUUUACUUUGCCGUUCCCUCAUGCCAAAAUGACGAAGUGUCAUCAGCAGAUGCGACUCGUGCCAACCAAGCGCCGUUUCGCCGAUCAUUCGGAACAUUGCUCAAGUGUACGCGAUCGUGAGAAAAUGUCUCGCUCCCGUAAAAAUGAUAAUCCGUACGUAUUUAUAAAUGUAUGCAAACAUAAAAAAAAAGUCGUGCACACGUACACACACUUUGGACAUGCAGAUUUUAUCAACUUUUUUUAAUUAGUUCGAACGAAAAGCGUCGACGAAAUCUCUUCUUGGCGCGAUCACGCCGAUCGACGCGCCAAGAUCUAAUCUCUUUCGACUCGAAAUACCGUUGAUCAUCUGUAAUCAUGUAUUUUUAGCUUCCCUUUCGAAUGAGAAAUAUGUCAGAUUCACAUUUUUACGCGCGUGCGGGAGUUUUCCUAGCAUACCAUAUCGAUAUUAUUGACAUUCCACUUAAUCUUGUCAACUCAAUGAUAAAUGCCAAGCCUCUUGGAAAUGUACAAUGUCGCAUGUGCUCACGGAAAAGGAGAAAAAAAAGGGGGAUAAUGGAAGCUGCCAGUACACUUUUAUCGCGCCCGCAAUGCGGUCCCUUCAAGCCAGACUUUCGUCCGACAUGCGUGACAUAUUACACAUAGGUACAGCGAUGUAGGUUCCAAUGUAAAUAUUUGAAGGUGAUGAACAGGAGUGCAUGUCACGACAAAUAAAAAAAAAAUAAUUAAAAUAAAAUAUCGCGCACCAAGUAUCGAACGAAUUAUAUAGUAUUCGCGUAGCAAUAUGUACUUACCGACACGUUGCGAUCUCAUCGGCGGAAGGCAUCGAGCAAUAAUCGUCAUCAAUGCACGGGUCUCGGCAUUCUACAUUGUUUUUUUUUUUUAACAUUUCCGAAUAAGAAUAAAACUCCCGUUUAGAGGAACCAAUGGCCUUUAUCUUGACAUAUAUUAUAAAGAUGAUCUUUCUGGAAUAGCAAUUAAAAAGGUUUUAGCCACCGCUCGCGUUUAUUAAAAAAUUAUGUUUAAAAAUG